AACUGAGUUAGCAACAGCUUGUUCAGAAUGAUCAAGAAAUAGAAUUUCAUUUGCAAUUUAUGAAGGGUCUUUAUCAAAACAUAUUCAGAAAAUAUAUUUUGCACAAGUUGUUAAAGCAGUUUAUGUACAGCAAGUGAUUUGGAGCAUUCUAUAACAAAUAUCUAAUAAACAAUUGAUUAUCAAGGCAAGUCUUCUACCAUUUUGAUUACGUCAUCUAAGUCGUAUUCCACAUUCUGAAAAAAUGAAAUCACUUGAUGGUCAGUGGUAAGAAUGCUCAAAGAUUGUAUGAGACUGUUGCUGCUUGUGAUUUCUGUAAAUAUAAAUGGAGAAAUACUUCGUCUGCCAUGCAAGAUCUUUGCCAAUUUUACUGCUGUGCUUCAUGAUCAAUCACUUAGUUCUACAUUUCGUUCUUUGGACAACUUGGAUGAGCAGAUGUGUAAGUUUGAAUGCAUCAUGGAGCAUCGAUGCAAGUCUAUAAAUUUAAACAGAGAGUUGGGUAUUUGCCAGUUGAAUAGCAAAUCAGCACAGGAUCCAAAAGAUUUCAUUGAAACGCAAAAAAAGGAGGGUUGGACAUAUUAUUCAACCCGUUUUGAAGAGAAAAAUGUUGGUCAGUAUUGCCAAGCAAAUGAUCCUUGCAGCGCCGGACAUAAAUGCAUUGACACUUGCUACUGCCCAGGGUAUAAAUGCAUUGCAAAGAAUAUUGCCUAUAAGAAGCCAUCUUCCCAUUCAUCAACCCAUACAUAUAACGGAAUAGAACUUGUUGCAAGCUUUGGAAAUGAUGGUGACAGAACGGCAAACUGGCAGAAAUGUAGUUUCACCAGUUAUGAAGAGCAGCCCUGGUGGCAAGUGAAUCUUGAAAAGGUAGCCGCUGUUACACAUGUUCGGAUAACAAAUUCUGUAGCCUGGCCUACACAUGAUAUAAACCCAUUCAAUGUUAGUGUUGGAAAAGAUAGCUGAAACGGCGGAAGAAACAAUGCGCUUUGUGUAAAUGGUGGAAGGUUGGCUAGUGGCGAGAUGAAAACUUUUUAUUGUCCAAAGCUGAUGAUGGGUCGCUACGUGAGUGUGUUUUUGAACAGGAAAGAAUUUCUUCAAGUAUGCGAGCUUGAGGUUUAUGAAGGUAUGUUUCAAAUAAUCUAAUUAUUUGUGGCUGGUUUGUUACAUGUUUGUUUCAAAUAUUCCAACUUUCUUUUUUUGGUUCUUGGUUAAGUAUAUGGACCAGGCUUGUUGUAAAAUACAAAGUUCUAUAUAUUUGUCUUCACCUAAAAAGUACAGACAAAGUCUAAAUGAAGAACGAAAUUGUUUUCUUUCACAGGUCUUUGUAUUGGCAUAAUUCUGAUCAGUAAAUAAGUUACAGUAAAAAUAAGAUAUAAUUCAAACGUGAAAUUAUUAUCCAAACUAAAUGCCAAAGUGGAAAAUAAAGAUAAUGCGACAAAAAUAUCUCAUUGAUUGAUUGUCUUUUCAUUAAGGAUUUGACAUGGAAGCUCAAGGUUAUCUUUUACAAUUGAUGUACAUGCAAAUUGUCUUAAAUAACGGUCUAUUAAAACCAAAACCUAAGGCAAAAAAAGUAAAAAAAGUGAUUACUGAUCUAAAUUUUAAAAGACAGCUUCAAUACUAUUAUUAUGAAUAUGGCCACAGGAGAUUUAUAUAUAAAGUUUUGUCGUUGAUAACAGGAUGCAGAUCUUCUUGUGAUUGGUUAGUUGUUAUGCCUCAUGUUGUAUCAUGCUAUUGUUAAACGUCUUUAAAACGUUAGUCUGUAACACUUUGCAUAAAUUAACAAAAUGCUUCUACCAAAAACAGGAAUGCAAUGUGUUUUUUCGAUCAACAUGAAUCCAAUGAAUUUCAAAACUAAGAUUCAUUGUUCUUAAUCUGACCAUAAUUUUGAUAACAGUAGAGAAUUUGGCAUAUAAAAAGCCGUCCUCACAUUCAUCAACUGCCACCAUAAAUAGAAUCACAUUAGUUGCCAGCCUUGGAAAUGACGGUGACAGAAAUGGGGCCUGGCAGCUAUGCAGUAUCACAAAAGCUGACAUAGUACCCUGGUGGCAAGUGGACCUUACAAGGCAAGCUGCUGUUAAAAGUGUCCAAAUAAAGAAUGGCGCAACUUUUGGUCAACAAAAAAUCAAUCCAUUCGAUAUCAGUGUUGGGGAUGAUAGAUCAAAUGGCGGACGAAACAAUGCGCUUUGUGUGAAAGAUGGAAGGUUGGCAAGUGGUGAAUUGAAAAAGUUCGAUUGUCCACAGGUCCUGAUGGGUCGUUACGUCAGUAUCUUUUUGAAUAGGCAAGAAUAUCUCCAAGUAUGCGAGGUUGAGGUUUAUGAAGAUGUAUUCUGAAACAAAGCUUGAUAAAUCUAUAUUUAUUCUCCAAUUUCUGGCAAGCACGAAUGCAUUGGAAGAGAAAUGUAAUAUAUCUGCUACAAUCAGCAAAAGAGGACAUUAAAAAUGCACGAAGAUUUCAUGUUAUAUGUUUGAAUUUUCUGUACCGCAAAGUUUGGAAAUGGCAUGAAAUAUUGGAAACAUAGCAUGCUGAGGUACUUUUCGCCUGACAAUCUUCAGCCAAAUAGACAAUAGUGACAGUUUGCACAAAAUCUUAAAUUGCUGCCAUCGUCUGCCAUGGAAAAUGAGCCAUCGCCUUUUGAUCUAGCUUCUUUCGACAGCAAAAGUUCGCUUUCUCUCUUUGGCCAAACACGGAUUUAAAAAAGGCCUAUUCUUUCUCUUGAGCCACUGUCGAUCCAUACUUGAAUGUAAAUUUUCUGCCUACCAUUGGUCAUUAUCAUUUGAUUAUACUCUGAAGAUUGUCGAACGCAAAUAACUUCAGCAGACUAUGUUACCAGUUUUUCAUGGAAUCUUCAAAAUUUAUCAAGAAGUAACCCUCAUUGUAAUUUAUGUUUUUCUAUCUAUUAAGUACAAAAUUUAUGUUUUUCUAUCAAUUAAGUACAUUAA